AUGGACGAAAACUUGAGAGCAGCUUAUGAAAGUCAAUCACAGCAACUUCGCAUCGACUUGAAGACUUGGGAGACAGAAUGGGCAAAGACACACGAGGGCACGAAGCCAGGAAGAGGGGACAUCAAGGCCAACGAAGACAUCGGUAGGUCUUUAGCACAACAAAACAACCAAGCUGCUAACCAUGGCACAGCAUCGAAAUAUAAGCAAUAUAACAAGGUUCGAGAUUUACUCUCAGGCAAAAUCCCCCCUCCCUCGAAAGAGCCCAGGAAGCGGAAAUCCGAUACUCUACCAGCACAAACCCCCACCAAACGUACCAAAAACACCCAGACUCCCUCCAAGAACCGCACACAAGACCAUGAUGAGGAACUCAUGAACACACCAGCCAUAUCGCGAAAGCUGUUCAGUCCCGCGUCGGUGACCUCAGUGGGUCCGACACCACAAAGAGAUGGUCGCGUGCUUGGCCUCUUUGACUUAUUGGUAGAGAAAGAACUAGGAACACCGUCGAAACAAGACUCCGCGACCAGAUCAGAGUCCGCGCGAAAGGUUAAUGCAACUCCGAGCAAACGAUCAGCUACCAUGGAUGACGAGGAGAACGAAAGGCUUGGCCGAACCCCUAUGUCAUCUAGUAAACGACAAAGACUGAACCACUUCAUGACCCCAUUGAAGAACAAGGAUGGAAACAAGGACGCCGUUACGCCCUCUUCGGUCUCAAAACUCCAAUUCGAUACACCCGCGUUCUUAAAACGCAACACUCUACCAGUUCUUGAUGAGAAUGGCGAUUUUGAUGCCCCAGCACCCCUACGGCUACCGCGCAAGCCUUUCACACGAGGUCUCAGUGAAAUUGUGGCGAGUCUUCGAAAGGUGGAAGAGGAGAACUUGGACGACGACUUGGACGCAUUGCGCGACGCUGAAGAAGAAGGAAUGGGUGAACCUAAGCCAAAGACGUUAUUCCCGUCCAAACCAAAGGAUGAUAUUCUGGUUGAAGACACCCAGACACGGCAAUUACCACUUGGUGGUUUCGAUGAUGAAGCCUUGUACGACAGCCCAGUGGAGGAAAAUGGUAACCCGACUAGAGUUUAUAAGAAGAAGGGUCAGAAGCGAACUACGAGAAUGGUCAAGAUGCGUCCCACUCGAACCAAGCGACCGGAGAACAUGGGAGAGAAUCCUCAGAGCGAUAUUGAGAAUGAUGAAACGCAAGCCGGUGGUGAGGAUGCUGGAUCUGAUUUCGAGGAAGUAAAGGAGAAGAAGCCCACACAGAAGAAGGAGGGUACCGUGAGGAAGGCCGCGCGAAAGGUCAAUGAGCUGGCUCACGCAAACUUCCAACGGCUGAAGCUUAGGAACCACGGAGCAAAGGGUGGUCCUGGAUUUAACAGUAGAUUCCGACGACGAAGAUGA